UUGCCAUUUCUCACGCAUACCAAUUAGGCUAAUACCAAUCAUCUAAAAAAAUCCCAAAUUUUCAUUUUUGUAAGCUUUUCUCGGUUUCUCUCCAUACCGAUUUCAACAGCUUCUCUAUGGACUCUGACAUAAUGAACAUGAUGAUGCAACAAAUAGAGAAGCUUCCUGAGUUUUGUAACACAAAUCCCUCUCUCAUCGAUCACAACAACAACACUAACCCUUUUCUGCUCAACUCAAACCAUAACCACUCUGACUCAAUGACUCCCGAACCCGGAUUACUCACUAACCCUUCUUCUCUCUCUCCCAACACAAUUUACUCUUCCGUUUUGCACGAAAAAAGAAGCACUAGUAGCAACACCAAUAGCACGAACAUGGAAGCGAUGCGAGAGAUGAUCUAUCGAAUUGCCGUGAUGCAACCGAUACAUAUCGACCCCCAGGCCGUAAAGCCACCUAAGAGGAGGAACGUCAGAAUCUCUAAAGAUCCACAGAGUGUGGCUGCUCGUCACCGAAGGGAGAGGAUAAGCGAGAGGAUUCGGAUUUUGCAACGUCUUGUUCCUGGUGGGACCAAGAUGGAUACAGCUUCGAUGCUCGACGAAGCUAUUCAUUAUGUGAAGUUUCUAAAGAAGCAAGUGCAGACGCUGGAGCAACAAGCGGUGGAUACUAGCGGCGGUGGAAUGACGGCAGCGGUAAGUGGUGGUGGUGGAGUGAUUAUGAAAGGUUGUGGAGCAAUGGGGACUCAUCAGAUGGUGGGCAAUGCACAGAUUCUCAGAUGAUGAUUGAUUAUUUUUAAUUUUACUAUUAUUAUAUUGAUAUCCGAUAAAGAAAGUAAAAUGAUUCUAGGUAGGGUGAAGUUAACUUAAUAAAAUGGAACCAUAAGAGUCUUUUAACUUUUUCCUGUUUAGAUUAUGUGUGUGUGUCUGUGAUGGACUGAUGGUUUUAAUGUCAGACUCUCCAUGGUUUUGGAGUGAGUUCUAAAUUAGGAACUACUAUGAUCGUAUCUCUGUUAAUGGAAUAAUUUGGGA